UCAGAUUUGUCGGAUUUCUCUUUCCCACUUAUGCGUUGCGUAUUAGUCUACGUCAGUCUUCGUUUAUUGUUUUUCAUCAAACAGUCCUACUUGACAUUGUCGCAUAGCUACCGCGAGGCUACGUCGCUAAAUCGUGUCGUUUUCUAAGACGAGAAAACGUUCAAAAUUAUUAUAAAAUUGUUGUUUUAUGCAAGAAAAUGUACUAUACAUAUUUUGACGGUGAUAUUCAGUACAGGUGAAGCACGCGCUUUAAGUGUCAUAUUGAAACGUGGUAGUGGUGUGGCUAUCUAAGCGAAUAUUUAGAUUGGCGAGCAAGUGUUGUGUGAAGUGGCUCGGUCGGGCGCGGGCAAACUUCAGCCAUGGCGGAGGCCGAGGCGCUCGGAAACAUUGUAAAAGAGGGCUGGUUGCAAAAGCGUGGGGAACACAUCCGCAAUUGGCGAGAUCGCUAUUUCAUUCUAUUUGACAAUGGUGACUUAGUUGGGUUCAAAACACAGCCGGAGCGCAAUAACUACCGUGACCCUCUGAACAAGUUUACAGUGCGAGACUGCCAGAUCAUGGCCGUGGACAAGCCUCGGCCGCACACGUUCACUAUCCGCGGCCUGCAAUGGACCACCGUCAUCGAGCGCAACUUCUCCGUCGACACGGACAGGGAACGAGAGGAGUGGGUGGCGGCCAUCCGGUUCGUGUGGUCUACAACAGACUGCGAGUCUUUUGCACCAAAACAGGAACAGGAACAGGAAGCAACGUCGACAUCGGAGGUGACGUACUCUGCGUGCAGCGCAGGUCGGGACGCGCACUUGUAG